GUUUAUCAAAUAUUCGGCUGACCGAUCGAUCGAGAGAGAGAAUGAAUGAAGGACAGGAAGAAUAAAUUGCUGCGCUAACAAAGCAAGUAAUCAAAACAGAGAGCUGAGAGAGGAAGUUUUGAGUAUAUUACUGUGAUAAUUAAUCAACGCUAUGACACUUAUGUGAAGAAGCUGAAAUCUCAGUACACGAGAGAAGAUGUCGAAAAGGCAAAUGCUCAUGCUUGCAGACGUUCAGUCAGUGGAAAACACCUGCAAAACCGACCCGGCAUGUCCAUUUGUUGCUUUUGAGCAGAGCAAGAACACAUUUGGUUUCACGUUAGCUGCCAAUGGAGAGGUUGUGAUCUAUACGUUUAGCAUGGGUGAUGAUUAUCCAGAUAAUACAGUUUUGACGUAUUCCCAUUGUCCGGACCAACCUCUACUGAUACAUGAACGCAUACCGACUUUCUUCAAUAGAAUAUCACCGAAGUACUGGAAGAACUCCAAGUUUGUGAAUCCGUUGCCACGUGUUGGACUCAAAGAAUCGGAGGAAACGACAGAUUUCUGGCUGAAUGAAGACAGUCCAUCCAGUGAUAUGGAUGUGAACUUACCUGCUAUUGAGGACGGAGACGAUACGAAUGACAGCGAUUAUGAUGACGAUGAUGAAGAUGACAACGAUGUUGAUGAGGAUUAUUAUAAUACAGAUGGAGAGGAUGUUUCGGAAUUAUACUCUGAUGAGGAUGAGCAAGCUAAGAUGCAUCCACUUCUAGCUCAUGACAUUGAUCAAGUCAAACAAUUAGGUGGCAACCAGGCACUCUCAUAUAGAAUGUUUGAUGCCCUUGGCGACGUUGACAUUGAUCUUCAACUAGAUGUUUCAUUUCUUCAGGAUGAGAUAGCUAAAGCUUGGUGUUUAAACAGAGAACAACCUUUAGUUGUACGUCUUCACUGCUCACUUAAUAAAUACCUGGAUGAAAAUAGCCCACAAGUAUCAGUAUUCCAAAGUUCAAAGAGUAAUCAACCAGGGGUCUGCAGUCAAAUGAAAAAAAUCACACAGAGCUUCCUCCUUGCCCACUGGAAAUCUCUUAGCAACAAAGCAGUACUUGCCCAUCUCAAGAGCAGAGAGAAAUCCCCAAGCAAGACAUGUCAGCGAGAUGGCCAUCGGAACCACAGCAACACGUCAAGGGGUCGAACUCUUACAAUUCCUAUCUCUUUCUCCAGAAGUUCCAGCUCUAUGAGCCAGUCACCAAGUUCAGAGUCUCCCUCACCGGUCUCCCCCGACUCCUCUUCCAAGAAGUUUGGAAAGAAGAUAUUUCCAUGGCAACCAUUUCAACGAUCCACAUCCACAGGUCAUUCACCCCCUUCGCCUGGCAAGGAAGAGUUGCAUCUCAUUCCAGCAGCAACUGAGGAUCAGAAGCAAGCAAAGCAGAUUCCAAGCUUAGAGAAUGGUUUCCUGUGGCAGAUGUAUGGUUACCUCAAGAACAGGAUACCAACUCUCAGUGAAUUCUGUGUUGUCUGUGAUGAACCACAUAUAUUUCAAAAUGGUGCAAUGUUAAAGCCUGCUGUGUGUGAGCGCGAGCUGUGUGUAUUCUCAUUCCAAAUGCUCGGGGUAAUGCAGGAUGCGGCAGAGAAUAUAGCUACAGGUGCAGAGGUCGUUGACCUGCUUGUCUCGAUGGUGCUGGCCGCUGUCAAAUCAAGGCGGAGACAACUUAUACUGGAUCCGUUCCCGAGUGUGGUUGACCCAAAGAAUAGCAAAGAGCUGGCUUUCUCUCCCAAGAAAAAGAAUUUUGAUCGGUUGGAGUGUACGCUAGAUAAAUUCAGUUCCAUGACAGACAUGUUAGCUGCUGGCAGUGUGACAGAUAUGAAGAAACAGAUGGACAAGAUGGAUGUCUUAGCGUAUCCUCUGUUGCAAUGGAUCAUUUCCAGUAACAGAUCACAUAUAGUGAAGUUACCGACUAACAAGCAAAUUCGGUUCAUGCACACGCCACACCAGUUCCUCCUCCUCAGCAGUACUCCAUCCAAAGAGACGGCCUUCAGGAAAGCUAAACAAGAACAUGGCAGUAUAUUUGCUUUUCAUGGUUCUAACAUAGAGAACUGGCACUCUAUCCUGAGACAUGGUCUUAUCAAUGCAUCGGGCACUAAACAUCAGAUGCAUGGAGCUGCUUAUGGUAAAGGCAUCUAUCUGAGUCCACAUUCUAGUGUAUCAUUUGGCUACUCAGGAAUGGGACAUGGAAUCCAUCAGCCUGUCAAGAAACUACCUCCAGUUGAACCAAAGAAGAGUGCUUGCAGGUUUCUACAAAGUAAAAACCUGAGAUGUAUUGCUUUAUGUGAGGUGAUAAGUUCCAAGGAGUUGAAUAGACAUGGUCAUGUAUGGGUUUGUUGUAAUCCGGAUCAUGUAUGUACUAGAUUCUUCUUUGUGUACGAAGAUGGCAAGGUCGGCGAUCAGGGUGUAGAUACCACACAGGACAAGUACACCAAGGACAUUCUAUCUGCUAUGGCCGAUUGGAGGACGCUAUGACAGAGUCUUUUUCGUUACAAACAAUUUUGAUCAAUAUCUUGCUUUCCAUGUACUCGCACCUCAUCAAGAGCGAUUCUGUUGCUUCCGUAAGAGUCAGGGUCACUAGAGGUCAAAGGUCAUGACCUUUGAUGAGUGAUCCAUCACUUGCAAAUGCAAGCGCCUAGUCAACGGAUCCUCUGUUGCCUCUUUAUGAUUCAUGUUCACUAAAGGUCACAGGUCAUGACCGUUGUAGAGUGAUCACUUAUUCACCCUUUUAUAUAAUAUAUAUACAGGCAUCUUAUCAAGGGUUCCUCUAUUACCUCUAAAAUUCUUGGUUGCUAAGGUCAUAGUUCAUGACCUUUGUAGAUGAUUAAUCACUCUCACAAGCACCUCACCAGGGGAUCCUCUGUUACCUCGAUAGAUUCAAGAUCAACUUCAGCUCAUAGAUAAUGGCCUUUGUUCUUGCACAAGUACCUCGUCAAAGGGUUAUUGUUGCCUCUCUAAGAUUUUAGGUUACUAAAGGUCAUAUGUCAUGACCUUUGUAUAAUACUCAAUCACUUGCUUUUCGUAAAUAAGCACCUUAUCAAUGGUUCCUCUGUCACCCACAUUGAGUCAGGGUCGCCAAGGUCAAAGGUCAUGACCUAUGAAAAUUUCAUUAAUUCAUUGUUGCUUGAUUCCAUGCUUCAAACUAAAUUUUGAGGUUGAGUUCAGCUCUGUUGCAGCUAUUGAGUCAGGUUCACCAAGGUCAAAGGUCGUGACCUUGGUAGUGUUUAUUCUCCUCAGUAUAUAUUUUUGGUGUACGAGUGAUUUAUUGAUCUAUGUUGGUUCCAUUGAGUCAGGGUCACCAAGGUCAUAGGUCAUGACCUUUUAGAGCAUUGAGAUUGAGCACUUUGAACAUGUUGUACAUGUAGAUGAUAUAUUCCAUCUCAUAUGUCUAAUAUGAUUUUUUUUUGGAAAACCCAGUUUGUCAGAUUUAUGCAAAGAUCCAAGUAAUUGAACCUGUCAUCAUGACAAUAGAUUUGAUAUAAAGCGUUAUGUGAAGUAUUUUGUGGAUAAAAGGGUUUGUGCCAACAAUCAUGAUACUGAAAUAAGUUGGAUUUUGCAGUUCAAGUGAAAUAUUUCAUUAUUGAUAAGAUUUCUUUAAGAAAAUUCUUUUCCUUCUGAGUAAUGUUAGUUUUCCACACACCACGAAUAAUUUUGCAUUGUGUGUGUUUUUUUUUUUUUGGAAGAACAUCAUGAGUAUGGUGGUUCCUUUUAUUCAUCAACACAAUAAUUUUCUUUGAUUGAAAUGAAUCCCUGAAAAUACAACACUGAAUCAUUAUUUCAUUGCUUGUUUGAAGAGAUCAGCUGUAAUUUCCUCAAUUCUGGUAUGCUACAAAGAAUGCACAACCAGAUCUAAAAUGAAAUUAUGUCCAUCUGAGGUAAUCAACAAUAUUGCAAUUAUGUUUAGGGGCAGAAGAAUUGUCAGAAUUUUUAUUAAACGACAAAAGCUCAUCCUUGUAUAGAUUCGUGAUAAUCCAGGAUUCUUUGAUUUACUUGCAUUAAGAUUG